GUCGUCGUCGUCGUCCCCCCCCUACGGGAGUCAGUGUGUUGUGACCGGGGGCCCACGGGCCUGCAGUCGAGGGCACCGCCCGAGCAUGGCGCCAUCUUGAACCGGGCACCGGAGGCCCGGUCUCAACCAGAAUGCCGGCCUCCGAAGUAUGUUAGUCAAGUCAUGAUUAUAAGUGGCUCAUCCAGCCGGACCGACUCGCACGAACAACACCGGCCCGAGGACGUGUCACGAGACAGGAAGGAACAACGACCCUCGGUCGUGGAUUUAGAUCCAGGGGAGACGGGGCAAACACUUCAGAUUGUCCUCGCGGAAACGAACAAAAGUCCUAAAAAUCAAGUGUCACCGGGCCCUUGGAGGCAGAGCCAGUGUCGCGUCGAGGCCUGCUUGGCGGACGGAGGGAUCAACGUCCAACAGCCAUCGGACGCGAGUAAGUGGGAGUCAAGGGUUCGGGUCCCUCGUCCUCUCUCGCCUGCGCGCAUCUACGCGUCCAGUUACCGAGGACAGAACGACUCUUCGCAUCAGCCGGACGAUGCAAGUACUCGUCGUCCGCUAUUGCUGUCGUCCACGGGAAUUCGUGUCGAACACAGAAAGCGUCAAGGGACGCGGAUCGGCCACGAACCCUCGACCCCACAAAAGCUGACGUCUGAUCGCAUCGGCACAAAUGGAGGAUCAUCCCCUUCAAGUCGCCUGUACGCUGCGUCCGGCUUAUGGACCAGGUUGGAGGGACUCCGCCCGGAGCGAUGGUUGGGAAUUUUCGGUGACGUCGCUUGCUCGUCGCCCAAGCAAACCAAAGGGACUCGGGUCCCAAUGGGCCCAUCCGACAGGAGCGAUCAGCACGCAAAGACAAACACAGGUGAAGGUGAUUUCUGUGAAUCGAGUCGAGCAGAGCCACAAAACCCGUUUGGCUCGGUUGUGAACCGACGUGGCGAGAGGAAUGUCGAACGGGAGGCGAAUGGGGUACGCUGUAAAAACGGCAUAAAGCCCCCUCCCGACAAGCGCACAAGCAGAUGGCACAACGCCGAGUGCGCCGGUGAGUGA